AUGGCUGGCACGGCUAGCAACUUGUCAGAUGAAGAUCUGUUUUCCACAUGGGGAAUUCCUUCACGGCUUUGCAAAGACGCAUGUCCAAAUCUAUGCUGCAAGCUGCAUUACGGCCUGGGCAAGCGGACCUCGUCCGGAGCCUUUUUGCCUACAGAUGCCUACAGUCUCUGGCGAUGGCACACGCCCUGCAGCCAACGAAGUCUGGUGCAACAACGCGGGUGGAAGGACAGUCGCUCCGAGAAGGUGCGCUCGGAGAUGCGCCCCAACGCAGCACACGGCCAGCAAAAGCAUGCAAAAGCUUGUGGAGAGCUCGGCUGUUUGCGAACACAAGUUCCAAGCUGCUGCAGAAAUUUCAAUGUCCGGAAGACCCUAGGUUUGACCACCUUCGUUCGCAGCGUGCCCCUUACAGUUCUGUGGAUGCAAAGGCUUUGCGACACAGCCCGCCUGUAG